AACUCCCAGCUUUUAUUAAUCUUGCAUGAUCGUCUAAAAUUGAUAAUAAAAAGCCUAUAAAAAAAUUAAACGUAAGAUAAAUUAUGACGUAAUAAAUUUUGACAAUGAGAAAUUUUCUACCUGGGAAAUUUUACUGGUUAAAUUAUGUCAUGAGAAAUUAUUACUUGAGAAAAAAGGGGUGGACACCUAAAAUAAUAUGACCUAAAAAAUAAAUGUUUUUAUUUUGUAAUUCAUAUUCUUUUAUUACUUAAUUUUAAUAGCGAUAGUUAUGUAAAAAUAUUGUUUACCUUUGUAUCAAUAAUUGCAACGUAGCAUUUUUGCAAGUUCAUUAUUUCAUAAGUUUUGUUUACUUUAUUAAUUGCGUUGCUGUCUGUAUAAAAAGAGUUUCAUCCAAACUUAACUUUCAUUGUCACUUGAUCUGCUUUCUAAGUAUCUAUGAUGGCUUUGCGAGUUGUGUUACUUUUAUUCUGUGUUUCUGCUGUUCGUGGAAGAGAACAUAAAAAUUCGGAAUCAGUCGUCAAUAAUAUUACUCCAGAUUAUACAGAUGAUAAUUCAACAAUUACCACAGAAGCUCCUUUAGGCUGCGUCUGCGGUAUCUAUCUUUUUGAAGCGAAAAAAUUGACCAAAGAAUUACCAGAAGGAGAUCCUGUUAUCAGUCAUAAUAUUUCUGAAAAGUUUCCUAACACUUCCGAUGGUAAUAAAUCGUGUACAAAAAAAUGUCUUUCAAUUAUAGUAAAACAUUUACCUAACAGUCCAACACUUAUCUGUAGUGCGCUAAAUCGCGACUGUUACAAAGAACGAGCUCAUUUAUUUAUAAGGAAUGGCAGUGAUAAAUGGAUCCGGACAAACUUAUCAGGUGGUCGAGAGUAUUGCUGCAAAAACAAUCUACCUUACAAGUGUUAAAGUUGAGAAAGAUAGAAAUAUUUUUUUUUUUUAUCAAAUUAAUUAUUAAUUUUGUACCUAAAAGAAGAAAUAAUAAGUAAGUAAAAAAUAA